UUGGAUUAUUUUUUCAAAUAUCAAAUAUUCGGGUGAAUUUUUAUAUUAGUUUUUCAUUAUCUUUGUUGUUGUUUUAAGAUAGAGUAAAAACAAGAGGUAAUGUUUGAUAAACAAAAAUAAAUAAAAAAAAACUUUCGAUUCAUAAAAAAUAUUAUAAAAAUCUGUCUGUGUGGAUGUAUUCACUGUUUAGGAGGAUUUUAAUGUAUUAAAAAACCUUUUCAUUCUCAAAUAGAUUGAAAUAGUGAAAGGAACCUUAAAUUUAAAGUAAGUUACUGAAGAAGAAUUGAGUAAAUUUAAUUUGCAAAUUGUACAAAAUAUUACAAAAUUAUUCAGGAAUUAGAUUUUUUUCAAGCAGGUAUGCUUGGGAUUCAAAAACACAGAAACUCAAACAGCCGAGCGACUCAUUCUCUCCCUUUGUCUUUUUUCCUAUCUCUUUCUUGCUUUGGUGGGUAAGAAUGACAGCAAUCAAUUGAAUGCAGUCAUGAGCAGUGCUGAAAAAGUUUUGCACCGUCUUGAAACUAUCUAUUGUUUAAAAAUAGUCAAAAUAGUGUUUAACGAAGCUUCCACAAGUCUGCGCGAAUGAGAGAGAUGAUGAGAGUCAAAUGACUGUGCGAGUGACUUUGCGUUGCGCUCAUUUGAUUGGAUGUGUUUCACCGAGAGCAGAGUUUUAAAGUCAGACGGACGUAGCGAUAACGAAAGACGAGCUCUGACAACUGUUGGUGUUCUUUUGAGAGUUUGGAAAGAUUUCGACAAUCAUGAAAAUCGCUCUGAAGAAAAAAUAUCCUUUUAAAAUAAUUUUGAGAAGGAAUUUUACACUGAUAUUGGUGAUUUAUGACCGUAAAAAAAUAAAUAAGCUUUAUAAUUGGGUCCUAAAGUCCUAUGUCAAUUUUUAUGUACAACGGUAAAAAGCACGAUUAAAACCCAUUUCUGAUCAUUUUUUUUCAUUUUUAAUGCAAAAAUAAAAAAAUAAUUGAUAUGACAACCUUUUUUCGAUGGAUCAACUAUGGUCCGCUUGUCAACUUUCUGUCAUGGAGGGCCGCGAAGGUAAUUGUUUUAAAAUAAUUUAAAAAUCAACUUUAAAUCCUUUGCGAUCGUACGAAGGGUCUUUGCACUCAGGAAAAUAAGCUUUGUCGAUGUGAACAACAAUAUCAGAAAUUUAAGCUGAAUUUUUUUUUCAAUUUUGCGUAAAUAAGUUUAAAAAAAAUAUUAAAUCAUUUCCUCAUAUUUUCUCAGAAGAUAAUCCUCAAAGUUUUGCCAAUAUUUCUAAUAUUUGGGAAAAUUUCCACGACUUCUGCUAUUCUCCCAAAUUCCACCUCUAGUGACCACCCUGUUCCCCCUUACGGGUUACGGGGUUCAUCUCUUCUGGAAAACAACACACCAAAACGCGACGCCGUGACAUAUAUAGGGGCGCGUGCUCUAUCGGUGGCCCCACAAACGUGACAUGUUACGCUGAGCUGUGCGGAGUUGCGCGAAAAUUUCCGGUAUGCUGUAUAUAAACAAAACGGAAUCGCUGACCCGGCUUAGUCACUAGAGCAGCGGACGAGGCGCGAUUGCAAAAUUGCAAUGAAGGCUUCGUUGCUGGUGGUGGUCUCAUCGCUGAUCGCCGUCGCCAGCGGGUUCACGCUGGAAUCGUUCCCAUGUGGUAAGGUGUUUCGGGUGGAGGUUUUGGCAUUUUUUGAUAUUUUUAGAAUUUUGGUAGGAAUAUGUAAAGCGACGGAAAUUUUGAGUGAGACGAUACCGUGCUGUGAGCCUAGCUGCGACAAUGACUGCUCCCAGGUGAUCUGUCCGGAGUACUCGAUUUACAAGCCAUCCUGCGUGUGCCGCGCAGGAUUCGUGCGGUAUGAAGGUGAAUGCAUUCCGAUAACGGCUUGUCCAGCGGUAGAACCGAUACUGUCAUGUCCACCGUACGAGGAACUCCAGCCAACGCCGGCUUGUUGCGAGCCGACCUGUUCGGACGAUUGCUCCAACUUUGUGUGCCGUCUGGCGUUGAUCCACAAGCCAACGUGUGUUUGCGAGCGUGGCUACGUCCGGUACGAUGGCCGCUGCAUCAAGCCGGACCAGUGUCCAACCUGUGGCCCGUACGCCCGUUACAGCAACUGCACACCCUGCUGUGAGUCAACGUGCGAGCUGGACUGCUCGUUGGUGCUCUGUUUGGCACCCUGCACCGGUCCUCCCACCUGUAUCUGCCAACCCGGGUUCGUGAAACACAACGGGGUGUGCAUCAAGCAGGAAUUGUGUCCCCGGGGAGGAAUCGGCAACCCGGUGGCACCACCUGACGGUGCAAUCGAUUGCGGCGCGCCCGAUUGCAGCGAGUGCGAAGAGUGUGUCGAAGGUUACGGAGAUGUUCCCUACCAACUGACCUAAGAAUAAAAAGAAAAAAGCCAAA